AUGUUUUCGGAGUGCUCUUGAUAAUUCCCAGCGCGACCAUGUGAAGGAAUAUACACUGGAGGAGCACAAUCUCACGCCAGGCGCAGUUGUCGUACUGCAUGACAUCAGGUUGGGUGGGGCGCGAGGUCACCGCCAUUCAGCAGAAAAGGGAUAUAACACAGCGCGAAGCUAGUCCACUCAUAUCAGAACGAUCUCGCAACAUUCAUCAUGCCUCUCCUCGGAAAGACCAAGAAGUCCGAACUGCGUCCCGUUGACGACUCGCACUUUACCGAAUUGGAAAAGGAAGAGAAAUCUUCUUGGUUCAUCAGGAUGAUUACGGAGGUGAGCUUUCGGUACUCAGUCUUGACGGGCGCCCGACCCUCGCGCGAAUGCGACAAUAACGCUUCAUAUUGGGUCAGUCCCUGACAGCACGCCUGCUAUCGUCAAUGGCGCAGACGACGAAAAACUCGGCCAUGGCUGUAGUCUGCCUCGG